ACACGGACAAAUAUUACUACUAGCAAAAUAGCAGUGUACUACUAAUAAUUCACAUUUCUUUUUCUUUUCUUCUAGCUAUUCCUUUUCCCAAGUAAAGUGAAAAACAAAACAAUCCAACACACCAUUUGCUUAGAGGAACCAAAAGUUAAAAGUUGAACCAAAAAAUGGGUUUUGCUUAAAGAAAGUUUUUAUCUUUUUCUUUUUUUCUAAUUAGCAACUAAUUCCAUAGAUCUGCAGCUCAAAACCCUUAACAUUUUCUACUAAAGUUACUAGCUUUAUCCUUUUACACUUCUUUAAAGAUGGGUUGUAAAAGAUUAGGUUUUUAAUUAGUGGAGUAUUAGACAUCUUUUACUUCUACUUCUUUUCUUGGUCAUCUACAGGGGCUUCUUCCCAAUUCUUGAUUUGGGUUUUUUUAUGAUGUUGGUUCUUUGAAGAAAUUUUGGGGUUUUAGUUGAAGGUAUAAAAAAGGUUGAUUUUUUUUUUUUAGUGUAAAAAUGAUUCAGUUGUUGUUUAUGGUUCUCUGUUUGGAGAGUAUGGUGGCAUUUCUUUUAAUGGUGAAGAUUGGGCCACUGAGGGAACUGGUGAUGAAGUGUUUGGAUCAGGUGAAAAUGAGAAAGGGUACUGUUUUAACUAUUGCUGGUACUAUAUCAGCUAUCUUAGUUUCCAACUUUAUUAGUAUUAUCAAGAUUCAGAAUAAGGGGGCUAAGAUUGGUACAAUGACACCAAUGGAUCAGGUUUUGUGGAGAACCAACUUGUUAGAGGCUACUCUCAUGGGAUUUUCUCUGUUUCUCGGAUUCUUAAUUGAUCGUAUGCACCAUUACCUUCGGAAGCUGAUUGUUUUGCGUAGUAGUGCGGGAUCUUCAAAGAAAGAAUUUGAAAGGCUUGAGAAAGAAAAGCUGCAGCUUAAGGAGAAAGCAGAUAAAGCUGCUGAGGAAAUAAAAUUAUCACAGAAACAACUCUCUAGUUUAACAGAGACACUGAAGAAGGUUAAGUUGGAGUCAGAGGAGAAAGACAAACGUGUUGAAACUGCGGAAGCUCAUGUUGCUGCUCUCCAAAAACAAGCAGCAGAUCUUCUUUUAGAAUAUGACCGUCUAUUAGAAGACAAUCAAAAUCUUCAAAAUCAAGCUCAUGGUUAUCGGAGUUGAGAAAAAUAGACAGAAGCAGUUGGUUCAAAUUUUACAACUUUUUGAUAAGAUUGAACAUUAUGUGCCUGCAUGUCUUGACCCUUCUUUUAGGAGAAGGGAUUUUGGGAAUUGUUGUAACUCAAUGAGAAUCUUGUAGUAUUGUUUUUCAGAUAUAGACAUUGUUAACAUUCACUACCUUGUGUCAAUCCAAACUAUUAAUUGUGUGUUAUCUUUA